GUGGGGCCUCGCGGCGCCCUCGACUGCCGCAUUCGGCUUCAUGGCCGCAGCGGUGAGCAUGCACAGCACGGCCCGUCUGAUCCCCGACUGGCCGAUCUCCGAGCAAGAUGCACUGAGCGCCGCGCUGGCGGGCGUGAGGGGCAUGCGGAUG